ACAAAAUUGAGCUCUCCCUAAUUUUAUACCUAUCAAAUAUUUGCGUGUUUGUGUUUAAAGAAUUCUGGUUCGUCCUUGAUUUAAUUUCCUGUUUUUCGAUUUAAAUCCAAUAUUUGUUAAGGAUAUGCGAUAACCCCUUAUCAAAAAGUGUUAAUUGCUUCGGGUGACGGUUACGAUUUAAUUUUUUUCGCUUUGGCGGGCAUCUCUCAGCCAAUCACCUUUGAGAGUUUAAAUCUCGCGCAUACGCAACUGCUUUAACGUUUAAAAAGUGACAUCCCAAACAGACAACUGCUACAAUGAACAAAAUUUAAUUGAAUUCCCUAAUUAAUAAACAAAAACUCCUCCUACAUAAUGUUUCUCAGUGAUGUGCUGAAAAAAGAAGAAUGCCGGAACGAAGCACUUCAGGAAUUGCGAAAAUUAGGGAUCAAGUGUAGACCGAAGAAACCCAAACAACAGAAUAUCAAAGCAACUCGUAAAGUCUUCAAAGUUCCUUUAAGAUCUCUCUCGACAGAAACAGUCACUUUAAAAACCGGACAACAAAUUGCUGUUCCGAAACUAGUCCACGAAUUGUGUUCAUUUAUUUUAGCCAAAGUUAGCACUGAGGGGCUGUUUAGAAAGGAGGGCUCCAAAGUUAGACAAAACGAAAUCAAAUUGUUGCUCAAUGGGGGCGGCGCUGUUGAUAGCAAUUAUCACAUUAUCGACGUCGCGGCGCUCUUGAAAAUGUUCCUUAGGGAAUUACCAGAGCCUCUAAUACCUUACGGGUAUCACGAAUUAUUUUUAAGAUGUGCUUUGUUAGAAAAAGGCAAAGUGAGAAAAGAGGCCCUGCUUCUAGCAUGUCUUUUGUUGCCUUUGGAACACCUUAACACUCUGAGUUAUCUACUGCAGUUUUUUUAUGACGUAACGCAACACUCAUUCUCAAAUAAAAUGAACACUUAUAAUCUUGCUAUAGUCAUAAGUCCUGCAAUUUUUCCCAUUGAAGAAAAAUUGACACCAUAUAACAUGCAAAUGAGGACUGCGAAAUUUUGUGAUAUUGUGCAGAUUUUGAUAGAAAAUGCACCAGAAGUAGGAAUUUUACCAGAGGGCAUUAUCGAACGUUUAGGAUCGAAUUCAAGUGUGGAUUUGAAGAAGAAAAAACGGCGAAGUGGAUCUCUGACAAGGAUGUUCAAUGGCCUUAAAAAGAUAGUUGGAGGAAAAUCGGAAGAAAAUCACAAUGUGGUUACCCCAGACUUGUUAUUAACUCCUAUUAACAAUAAUGUGGUGAAAAGACGACGAAUUCACUCGAACGGAAUUUCGAAUAAAAAAAAGAAGGAACUGUUGAAUAAAUUACCUGACAAUGUUUUGUUAAAUACGCCUUUUACACCAUGUCGCACUCCAGUUAGCAUGGAUUUGAGUGGAACACACGAAAAUCAGUUGAAAGAAACGAAUGACUUAAUCAAGGAGAAAAAGUGGUUUUCUCGGAGCCGAAGCGUAAAAAAUCUAAAACACGAAACUGAAAGUAAACCAUCAAACACAAAAGCUUUAUUAGAGCGUCGUUGGUCGGCAAUAACUCAACCCAACAACCUUAAAAAGACCAAAAAGCGCAAUUCCUUUGCCGCAACAUCGAAAAAAGACGAACCUGACUAUAUUCGAGUUCCGAAAACCGAAUACGAAGCAAUCAAAAAUCGAGUUUCCGCAAUGGAACGCCAAAUUUCACAAGAACUGGAAAACGUGCAAUCACGAAACGAAAAUAAUGAACAAGUUGAUUUAAAUAUUCAAAAUGUUCAAACUGCGUAUGAACAAACUUUAGUCCAGUCAAAAUUAAGUCCGACCACUGACCACUUGGCGAAGAGAUUGAGUCGAGAGUUGAAAAUUCGAAGAAGUGCCGAACAGAAAAUUAUUCGAUCUCCCAGUGCUCGAAAAAUUGGGAGUAUGAGAAGAAAAUCCCUGGAGAAAAAUAAUGUCAAGUUGGGGCGUCACCAGUCGUGGCAUGUUGCCACACCUAGGGUUAGUUUGCGUAGGGGGAAACCCAACACAGUAAUGACAGGUCUACCAACUUUGGACCAUAAAGAAAUCAAAAGGACGCGCUCUUCAUCAGUCGGCGAGCAAAUUACAAGAAAUGUUUCUUGUAAUUUAUCUGGGAGCUCGAAUGAUACUUGGGUGAGCGCUGAGGGCUUUUUUGACACCUUGAAAUCGAACAACGACUCCUCGCUUAACGGAAGAGCUUCUUUGGCUCGUCUCAGGAGCCAAAACGCUGGAAUGGUCCUCGCUAAAGCCAAACUCUUUGAUAAAUUAACCGACUCGGACAGUUCGGGCUCGAAUAGGAGUCUCCCGAGGGUUAAAACCGGAACAAAAAUCGGCUCUUGUAGAGUCGCCGAUUCGCAUUUAUCAUACAGAGUGAGAAGUUUGAAGUAUGAGGAGAGAAAAAUUGGAAAGAAGAGUAUGUCGCCGCGAAAACGUUACGGAAAUUUGACGCAGAGACAAAAGUUGCAGAUUGCGAAAACUUGUUUGGAGAAAAGUAGUGAUAAGGAAAAUAUUCCUGAUGGUUUUGAAAUAGCGAAAGACUGUAGUAACCAAAAAUUUGCGUCGCCGAAUUAUUCGACACCGAGAGUGCCCCCACAUAUCAAGAAGUCGCUUUAUGUGAGGUCCCCGAAGAGGUUGUGUCGGACACCGGGUGGGGCGGACCGGAGCACACCGCUCAGGGUUUUGAUUAAUUAGAAUUUUUCAACAUCAAAAUUAUUGGAUAUUAUAUAUUUUUGCCUUAAUUAUGAUUAGUAAAAUGACCCAGUUGCUUAAGAAUAUAGUGAAACAGUCUUGCGACUGCUUUUAUACUUUUUGUGAAUUGUAUAUUCGUUUUUAAAUAAAUAAAACUGAAAGUUU